AUGGCUUGGAUUCACUUCGGUAUCACUUUCUUCGACACCUCUUUGAUCAAGUAUCAGUUAACUGACGAGACCUUCAAUUUCUCGAAGACGACAUUGGUUUCCAUGAUCUUCACCCAGACCAUCUUCCCUGCCGAUUACUUGUUUGCGUUCACUGUUAGCGGCUGCUAUUUGGAACUUCUACAGAGAUACCUGAACAUGGGCUUCUUCCAACUCGGUACACCUCGAGUGAGCAUCAGCCAUUCCCAUCACCACGAUGAUGAAACACCC